UUUAGUUUUGCAGCAGCACCUUGGCACGCACCAGAAGCAAAUUUUUGCCAUUGAAAAUUUGUACCGGUGGGGGUAGCUAUGCUAGAAAAAAUGUACAGAGCCAUCGAAAAUUUGAAGCUAAUAUCCUCCACUCUCUAAAAGCUUCCGGGGAUAAUGUCGAUCCAUGGCAUCUUCUCUUCUCCUUCAACACUUGGCUUCCCCACUCAAGAAUUGCGUUCUUCGUCGCCUUCUUUUUCACAUCUAUUAAAGUUUCCCACAUCCACUUCUCUCCUAUCACCUCACUCUCUUUCGCUACCCAUUACUUGUGUUACGCUCAAAAGGCCCGGGGUCGGGAUUCAUCUCUCCCGAGUCGCCACGCAACUCUCUGAGGAAAUUGUUCGAACAGAAGAAGAGCAGCCUGGGGAGGAAGCUUCUGGAAACAGAGUUUUAGCCCAAAAUGUUCCCUGGUCCUCCACCGCAGAUGAUAUUCGUGCUCUUUUUGAGAAGUAUGGCACUGUGGUUGAAAUUGAGCUUGCUAUGCACAACAGGAUUAAGAACAGAGGUUUAGCAUUUGUAACUAUGGGUUCGCAUGAGGAGGCUUUGGCAGCUCUGACCAAUCUUCAUUUGACGGAAUUUGAAGGAAGAAUUUUGAAGCUUAAAUGGUUGAUACCAAUGAUAAAGAAACCAUCUUCUUCUUAUCCAACAGCUCCUAAGCCUGUGCUUAUUCACAGCUUGUUUGUGAAAAACUUGCCAUUCCAAGCAAGAUCGAAAGACCUGAAGGAGUUCUUCAAAUUCGAAAAAGGAAAUGCCGUUUCUGCAAAGAUCAUAUUUUAUGAAAACCCAUGGCGUUCUGCCGGAUACGGAUUUGUUGCCUUCAACACCAAGGAGGAGGCUGAAGCUGCACUGUCUGCAUUUCAGGGGAAGGAAUUUAUGGGUAGACCAAUUAAGGUGGAAAUGAGCAGAAGAUUUCUAGGAGAGCACACAAAAGUGGAUAUUGAAUCUCAAAGUACAUCACCUGCCCUUGAUGCUUGAAAGGGUGUGUAAAAAAAUCUGUAUACCAUUCUUAGCUUGAAUUGCUAUUUGAGUUGGGGUUUUAUGCGAAUGUAAAUAUUAUGGUUAAAACUGCCUUUUUCACAAUCUUAUGCUCCGUACUUUUUUUAACAAUUUAGUCUACAGUUGUCAUGUUUGUUUUGGGUUUAAUGCACCAAACCGGCUCGAUAUAUAAAUUUGAUGGAUUAGCUCGAUGUGAUUUAAAAAUGCGUCAAACCCCUUUGUGUUAUAAUUAAUUAUUCAUUCUCAAAGCCUCCUCUACGAACAAAUUUUAUAAUUUUGAAAUCACUUGUCUUAAUUGAAUGAUUGAAUAUGCAAGUAAUUUUGUUAAGAUUUCUAAAUUAUACAAAUGUGCUAAUCGGUUUUCAUUUAUUUGGCCUUAAAUUUGUUCGUAGAGGUGAUUUUUCGCAUGAAUAACUAUAACACAUUAACACGGGGGAUUUGAUUUAUUUUUUAAAUCAAAUGGAGCUAAUGCAUCGAAUUUAUAUUUCUCAACCGGAUUUGGUGCAUUAAACAUGUUUAUGUUUAUUUUUACCAUGUUGCCUUGAUUUUGCUUAGUAUAUGGUUCGUUUUUCUCAUGGGAGGAUGACCUUGACUUCUCCCAAAAUAGCAUCUUGUACUAGGAAAGGCUAUUAAAAGGGCAGCCCGAGCUUGAUGCACAUUGACAUCCCCGCGAAGUGAGGCACCUACCAAGGGUCCCACGAAGAGGGUGUAUAAGGGCAAAUGUUACGUGCUCAUUUUGACCAGAGGCCGCUCCCAAGAAUUAAACUUGUGACCCCUCGGUCACACGGCAACACCGUAAUGGAGUUGGGAUGUUUUUAUUUGGAUUGAAAUUUUCUUGUCUGAUUUGUUUUGGUCUGGCCUUGUGACGAGCACUUUUGUCAAGGUGCGUCAAAAUAAAUUCAAUACUAAACACUUAUACGUAGUACAGCGUAGUAGAGUUCGUAUCCACAGGGAAAGGAAUGAUUUUCUUUCUAUGAUACUUAGUAAAUAAA